ACAAACCAAUGAAAGCUAGUUUUGUGUCUAGGGAGCCGCUUUAAUAACUAGGUAGGAUUACACGAAAUGCAUCUUCCCGAGAAGCUUUGAGUAUGACAAGCAUUUGGCAUGUAUUUCGACCUCUAGAUUAACUACCCAGGCAUAUAAGUUAACAGACAUAGAAUUAUAGCGCGGAGGAUGAUUAGAAGAAAUCCUAACAUUAAGGGAUACUUAAAACAUUACAGAAAAUAUAAUAUACUCCUCUCUUGCCUACUAAGUCUUUCAUACUCCAUAAAUACAUGAGAAUAUAUUUUCCUGCUUGCUAUUCUUAACGUACUUUUAUCGUCUCUCAAUAAGGCUUUGCUACAAUACAAACAUAUCGGCGCACAAGAAAUGGCAGGCUUUACAAGGUUAAUCGUUAGAACUCUCAAAAUCUCUAGCAUAUGCUUGAUCUUCGUCGACUCUCUUGUCAACAGUAUUGCUCGACCCAUCGCUAUCUGUGAGCACUUUAUUGAUAAUAUCGCGCUCUCCAAGAAACUCGAUGUGCUUAAUAUAUUGAUCUUCAUUGCGUGCUUAAUACUGUAUUUCAGAAUCUCUUCCCCAGCCCGGGGGAGAGGACGCACACUUCCUGAGCAACAACGGAUUAUCACAUGCGUUAAAUAUCGGCAUGUUUUUGGACAGUUACCAGAUAGGGGUUCUGGGAUGCAUAAUGCUCCAUUGAGUUCUGACGGCUAUAGUGCUGCCUGGAAGAAGACGUUAAGGAUUGCUACGGAAUGUGUGAUUCAAACUAUGAUUGUACACUAUAUCGACCCAUCACCAAUCACACCAAGUGCGACAUCUUCCCUCCAGCCAUUAUUGCAAUAUGAUUUUGAAAUGUGGGUGAAACAAUCAGGAUCGUUGCGAGCGGCAAAGAAACAUAUGGCUCGGUAUAGGCCGGAGUUGGGAGAAUCAACCCGCGCAACGAAGAACGAGUGGACAGCAGAACAGCGCAUCGAGGACAUCCUCGCGAUUCUCCAGAGCAAAACCUCACGCCAGGCAAGGGCAAACAAGCCUACCGAGACUAAAACAACUGGAAAUUUUAGCCUUGCUGAAUAUUUUAAACCUAACUACAGUGAAUGGCCAAGCUUUCAACGUGGGUAUGGCUUGUACCACGAACUGAGUGGAAACAUUCAUGCCUACUGCAAAUUUCAUGAUGUCCAGGAAGAUAUAUUUUGGAAAUCGGAUGGGCAUUAUUUCGAUUGGCUUACACCAAAGGACGACGAGAUUAACCAUGACACCGGGAAAGUGGAUUGGCCCCCUAUUCCGGAGAAACAGAGGUCUUAGGCCAUAACACGGUUAAGGGAGCUCGCCAAAAGAUGGAGAGGACGAGACUGGUUAAUUUUCGUCCAUGUAUUUACAUCGGCAUGUGAGAUAUACCAUAGAUGGUGACUAUAUGGUUAUCCUAUUGGUUC